AUGGGAUCUAGACGGCUGAAAAAGGAGCUCCUACAAAUGACAAAAGACCCACCAGAGAACUGCUCAGCUAGACUUGUCGGGGAUGAUCUGUUUCACUGGAAAGCAUCACUGACUGGUCCGGAAGAUACACCUUACGCUGACGGGACAUUUGAACUAGACAUACGAUUUCCAGUCGAAUAUCCGUUUAAACCACCUUCGGUAAAGUUCGAUACCAAGAUCUACCAUCCAAACAUCAGUGUUAAUGGUCAAAUAUGCAUGGACAUCCUGAGGUCCAAGUGGUCAGCUGGUAUUACAGUUAGUGCGGUUUUGUUGUCUGUUAGUUCUCUAAUGGCGGAUCCAAAUCCUACAGAUCCCUUCGUGCCGGAAAUUGCCGAUAUUUACCGAAACGAAUAUGAACAGUUCAAAGAGACUGCUAAAGAAUGGACAAAUCUGUAUGCAUGUCCUGCUAAAAUGUUUGAUGAAGAAUUGACAGAACCGAUUCUUCUAGCAGUAAGCAGCCUAAUGGCAGAAUCUAAAUCUCAUGACACAGAGGUCACUCAGAGAGCCAAAGAGUGGACAGAUAUGUAUGCUCGUCCGUCUCUUGCAGGAGAAAAAGAUUUGAGAGAGCCUGUAUUACCAUGA